AUGUCGCAAAACGCCCCCGCAUCCUCAGACGGAGCUCCCCCGGGCUCAAUCAAUCUCGCCUCGCUUUCCGUCCCGCAACUCCGCGCGCUCCAAACCCGCCUCACCUCCGAACUCGAACACCUGACGACCUCGCACACGAAGCUGCGCGCCGCCCAGGCUAAGUUCCGCGAGUGUGUGCGCUCGAUCAAUGAUGGCGUUACUGGGGAUCCGAAGAAGGGUACCGAUGGUCCCAAUGAUAUUCUCGUGCCCCUCACCAGCUCGCUGUAUGUCAAGGGUCGAUUGACGGAUCGCGAGAAGGUGCUUGUUGAUGUUGGGACUGGAUUCUAUGUUGAGAAGACUGCGCCUAAGGCGGUUGCAUUUUAUAACGAGAAGGUUAAGGGCCUGGAGGCGAACUUGCAGGAGUUGGAGAAGAUCGUACAGACCAAGAGUAUGCAGCUGCGUACCGUGGAAGAAACACUGAGGCAAAAAAUGCUUGCUGGAGAAGGCGCUCCUCAGCCCGCUGCUGCAGGCUAA